AUGGCUACAAAGAUAUUGGUAGUUGGCCCUGUCAAUGGACAGUUCGAGAAAGCAUUUUCGAAGAUCUCUAAAUUACAUGCAAAGACCGACUUCGCCUUUGCGCUUGUCGCUGGUAAUUUGUUCGGGCCAGGUGGUGAGGAAGGUCAGCUACAAGCACUCCUUUCUGGUAGUUUAUCUAUACCCUUACCUACCUAUUUCACCAUUGGUGAUACAGCUCUACCACAAACAGUACAAGAAAGACUCGAAGCCAAUGGGGAAGUCUGCAGCAAUCUGUUGUAUCUUGGACGGAAAGGAACUCUCACGACUACCGAAGGCGUUAAGAUCAUCUUCUUAGGAGGCAAGCAGGUCCAGAACGAAGAUAAUUUAACUCAGUCGAUUGGGAAGUACGACCCUCUCUUUUUGGAGAAUGAAGCACGAGCCUUGCAAGGUGCCCAUUCUGCUCAUAUUCUGCUGACGAACCAGUGGUGUGCGAGAAUUGAAAAUGGCUCUAACAUACCACUUCCCGAAGAUGUCCAGAUAACUCAAUCAUCAAUAGCGGUGGCGAACCUUUGCGCAACGUUGAAACCUCGAUAUCAAUUUUGUCCUUCUACGAGCACAAGCUGGAAACGCGAGCCAUUUGUUUGGCCUAUGGACUACUCCGAGAACGCAGAGACACAAGUCACGCGCUUCGAGGCUCUCGGCGACAUCUCACAAAAAGCAUCAGACUGGAUAUCAGCGUUCACGCUUGACAUUUCGAAACCUGCCACAUCAGAAGGUGCUCAGCGUGCCGCUCCAUUCACACUUGUUUCACCACGAGGGAAGCGUAAGCGCAAUGCGCUUGAGGCAGACCCUUACCCAGGCCGACGGUUCGACACGACUGGCAACAAUCACCAUGGACGCAAGAACAAAAAGCACAAGCAGAGUUACGACCCCAACAACUGCUUUAUGUGUCUUGGUAAACCACAGUUUGCCGCAGAGAUGGUCGUCUCGAUCGCUGACGAAUCCUUCAUUACCUCUUUACGAGGCACCUUGCCAACCCAAAGCACGUUCCCGCAACUCAAGUCCUCUGGUAACCUCAUGAUUAUUCCCAUGUAUCAUGCCGCAGACGAGACCUCGCAUGGAAAGCGAGCACGUUCAGAAAUGGAAUCGGAAUUUCGGGAAAUGACACGAUAUCGGCAUGCACUUCAACAUAUGCUUCAGGCACGAGGUAACAGUCAACUGGGCGCUGUUUGCUGGGAAGUCAACCGUACGGGUAUUCGGCAUUUUCACUGGCAGUGGAUUGCAUGUCCUCAAGACAUGGUCGGCAAAGGUCUUGUGGAGGCUGCCUUCAAGAUCGCAGCAGAGAAGAAUGACCACGAGAAGUUCCACAUCUGUGACCCGGAUCAGCUGCUACUGGAUCGUGGGAGUGACUAUUUCCGAGUCUGGAUCUGGUCAUCACAAGCAUCAUUGUUAGCCAACGGCAAUAAGGCGAGCAAUGGUAAUGCUAACGGCAACAAAGAUGUACCAAUAACAUCUUCACUUGUCGAACAGGCAGAUGCCAUUGCUGCGGGCGUUGAUGAGAGGUCAGUCGUACCGCCAGGCACAAGUGAGACCUCUAUGUAUUUCGAAUUGCCCUCCGAUCAGCGAUUCAACGUUCAGUUCGGCCGCACAGUCAUGUCUGGUUUGCUGAAGCUUGAGAAUCGUGCUGACUGGAGAUCUGUACCACUUGAGGACGGAGAUGAGGGAAGGGACGCGGAGGCCUGGAAGGAGGACCUUGGAGAGUUCGACUUCGCUAUGGCAUGA